UACCUAGGUAGUUGUCUCAUUGCCGAGCAUUCUUUGUUGGUCGCUUUAAUUUAAAGCAAAUAUUAAUGGCAGGUAGUGUUGUUAAAUUAAAUCGGCCGUUGCUGCAAAGAAAAAUUUAUGAGAAGCUAAAAUUGUUUUCAUUUUAUUGCGUAACAGGCUAUCUUUAAUUCGCUUUAAAGACAACAUGAACAUCGGUGUCCUUAAUUCGCUUUAAAGACAACAUGAACAUCGGUGUCCUUAAUCAGAAGCGAACGUCAAGAAACCUCUACCAUCAUGAACGUCCUGUCGGUCGAUUUUACGGGCAAGAGAGCACUGGUGACGGGUGCUGGCGCUGGCAUCGGAAGGGCAACAGCAUUAAGGCUGGUGGAGCUCGGGGCCGAAGUGUACGCGUUGAGUAAGACUCAAUCGAAGCUGGAUAGUCUUAGAGAAGAAAAUCCUUCUAUCAAAGCCAUCUGUGUGGAUUUGGCAGACUGGGAAGCAACGCGAAAAGCCGUGAUGGAAGUAACACCCAUUCAUCUCUUGGUGAACAACGCGGCAAGAAUCGAGUUUGGGCCAAUAUUGACUGUCAGCAUGGAGGAAGUUGAUAAAACCAUGGACAUAAACGUGAAGGGAGUUCUAAACGUGGUGCAAGUCGUUGCUUCAGACCUCAUCUCGAGGGGACAAAAAGGAAACAUUGUUAAUGUUUCGUCUACUCUUGGGCAUAAACCGGCGGCACAAACGGCUACUUAUGCAGCUUCCAAAGCUGCGGUAGAAUCUCUUACGAAGUCCAUGGCUCUGGAGCUGUCAUCCAAAGGCAUCCGAGUCAAUGCACUCAGUCCCACUCUCGUCAUGGAUACUUCAUCUGGUGAGAUGUAUUUUGGACAACAGAAGGAUGUGGAGUGUAGCGAGACUUCACUAUUGAUGGCCCGCACGCCUCAAGGCAAAUUGCCUUACAGGAAUGACAUAGUUAAUGGUGUAGUCUACCUUCUGAGCGAUUGUAGUGACUUCGUCAAUGGACAUUCAUUGCCCGUAGAUGGAGGUUACUUGUGCUGCUAGUUGAUUCUUGUACUCCACUACUAAAAUACAAAAGUACUUGACUCAG